AAUCGUGUCAACAAUUAUUUAAGAUGUGGACAUCUUUGUACAUGAUCAUUAGUUGAGACAUAAAUUUUAUAAAUCAGCUAUCAAAUAUAGUUUUAUUAUUGAUUGUGACGUAAAUUAAUUUAAUGGAGGAAAAAUAUUCAUCUUCAAUUGAUUAAUUUGACAACUGUCGUGCAUGUCACUUUUGAGAAUAAGAAUUUGUGAGCAAGGCUGAUAACUCUGAAAUUAUGGCAAGAGUGGGUGAAAUAUGGAAAAAAUUAAUUCUGGCGUGCUUGAUUAUUAUAGCCAUUCAUUCAACUGCAAAUUUUCUUCUGACUAAGGUGUCCAAUACUACUACUACUACUACAACUACAUUAAACGAACGUGAAAAAUCAGUACUUUUAAAAUCGUUUAACAGAAAAGUUGAUGGAACAAUUGACGUAACUUUCAAUCUUGACGUUGAAAAUGUGAAAAAAGAGACAGGAAAACAAAUUACAAUAAAGCAGACUACGGAGAAGGUCCAAUACACACCCCAUCCUCCUCCAACAAUACCACAAGUGUAUAGAGGAAAUGACAUUUGUGAGAAAAAUAAGCCUACAUUAAUUAUAUAUGUACAUUCAGCACCAAAUAAUAUUAUACGGAGGUCACGACUAAGACAGACGUGGGCCGACAAUAAUCUGUUCAAAGAUAAAUAUUUCCAGGUUGUCUUUGUCCUUGGGAGGCCGUCAUCAGCAUCUGUGCAAGAAAAUAUCGAUACUGAAAAUAAAGAAUAUGGUGAUAUUAUCCAAGGUGACUUCAAAGAUCAAUACAGAAAUCUAACCUUGAAAGCCAUCUUUGCACUUAAAUGGCUAAGAGAUUCAUGCCCAAGCGCUAAAUUUGCUUUAAAAAGUGAUGAUGAUGUAUUCAUGAACGUUUUUGAAAUAAGGAAGUUAACUGAAGAAAAAAAGUAUCAGGAAGAUGAAAAAUUUCUUUUUUGUGCUUUUUAUCAUGCCAAACAAAUGCCAAUUUUAAGAAAUCCAAAAACUUGUAUGAAAUGGUGCGUUGAAGAUUACGAAUUUCCAGGUGAAGUAACUUUUCCACCAUACUGUGCUGGUCUAGGAUUUUUAUUAAAAACAAGUGCAGUUCCCUUCUUAUUAGAUAAUGUCGCAAAAACACCAUUUUUCUGGAUAGACGAUGUAUAUACUACUGGACUUCUCGUUAAAAAUAUUCCAAAUCUGAACAUUAUAGACAUGUCAAAGAAAAUUACUAUGAAUAGUAUUGAAGCUAUUAAACUAUAUAAAAACAAUGAUAAAAGUUUAAGGGCACCAAUUUUUAUUCUCGUUUCUAGUGGUAAACAAAUUAAAACACUAUUUAAACUUUCUUAUUUGAGGUUAAGUGAUGAAGAGAAGAAAAUUGUGAAUUUUGACGUUCAAAAAUAUAAUAUUACAACAAACUAAAUAAUUUAUUUUUAUAUGUGUUAUUUAUAUAAUAGGCAUAAAAUUGAUAUGUAUGUGCAGUAUUGGUCAAAAAGUACUUUGCAUCAUGUUAUGGUGUUUGAUAUUUUUUUUCUGUCUCUUAAUAUCUGUCUUUUAUAGGGAUAGAAUUUCAUUGAAAAUAUGUAAAUCUCUUUUUUAAAUGAAAGCUUGUCAAUUACAAUGUUCAACCAAGCUUGAUCUGAAAUCACAUCCUAUUCAUGUAUAAUACUGCCAUCUGCUGUAUAUAUUAUAAAAAUAGACUAAACAGCCUGUAUUGAAUAAAAUAACAAGCAUAUCGAUGUAAGAAAUGAACAAAAAGUAAAUAAAUGACAGAGACCAAUAUCUUGUCUAAGUCUUUAACUGCAAGACGUUAUUGAUUUUUUUCUUACAGGUAAAAAAAGCCAGUUUGAUUCAUUAAUACCUAAGAGUUUGAAUCAAUGUAUAAACUAGACAAAACUUUGAAUCGUGAUGACAUAUUCAAAUAAAAUCUAUAAAAAAGAGCUUUAAAG